ACUUAUCCGCCUCUUUAACGUUCACAUUUCGCACGCCCACUGCGCCUACUACCGUCCCGUCUCGCUCCGAUCCCCACCCCACCCACCGCCUCCCCACGCCGCCGGCGCCUGACUGCCUCAGGCCCCCCUCGAGGCCCCACCUCAGUCGCCGCUCGCCGGAAUCCGCGGCUCGCGGCGAGCAUUCCGAGCUCCGGGCCUCCGGAGACCGCGGGUUGCCGCGGCGGUUCGCGCGGAUCUGAGGCUGCUGGGUCGGAAUUCGGGUGAUAGCUGGCAGCUGGAGCCGGGUCGACUUGAUUUGGCGAGUUUAGGAGGAUUUGUUCGGAGGAAGGAAUUUGGGGAGGAAGAGUUUGUGGGCGCGUGAGGUACAUGAGCCCCGGUGGUCUCUGCCGCUGCCACCUCGUCGUCGGGAAGCAAUGAUCGAGCAGUUCGUUAAUUUCGUCAUCCGGCCGCCUCGUGCAGAGUACAAUCCGGAUCAGUAUUUAUGGGAGCCAGAGUUCACUCUUGCAGGAAGGAAGUACAAACGACUAGAUUUGGAGCUUACGAAUGAAAGAAGUCAGAAUUUAAAAUGCAGCCACUACGUUCCUGCUGUCAUCCCAGAAAACACUGCCCUUCCAUGUGUAAUCUAUUGCCAUGGAAAUAGUGGAUGCAGAGCAGAUGCAAAUGAAGCCGCUGUCAUACUUCUUCCUUCAAAUAUCACUCUUUUUACACUUGACUUUGCGGGGUCAGGGCUAUCAGGUGGAGAGCAUGUCAGCCUUGGUUGGCACGAGAAGCAGGAUCUCAAAUGCGCAGUGUCCUUUUUGCGUAACAAUAAGCAAGUUUCUUGCAUAGGACUUUGGGGACGUUCAAUGGGUGCUGUUACAAGCCUACUUUACGGAGCGGAAGACCCCUCAAUUGCUGGCAUGGUUUUGGACAGUGCUUUCUCUAACUUAUAUGACUUAAUGAUGGAGCUUGUAGAAGUUUACAAAAUACGGGUUCCUAAGUUCACGGUUAAGAUGGCUGUUCAGUACAUGCGACGUGUCAUUCAGAGAAGAGCCAAAUUUGACAUAAUGGAUCUUAAUGUUGUCCAGUUUGCACCCAAGACAUUUAUUCCUGCGUUAUUUGGACAUGCAUCGAAUGAUAUGUUUAUUCAGCCACAUCACACUGAUCAUAUUCACCAGGCAUAUGCAGGGGAUAAAAAUUUAAUUAAAUUUGAGGGUGAUCACAACUCCCAAAGGCCCCAGUUUUAUUAUGACUCUGUUUCAAUAUUCUUCUAUAACGUUCUCCACCCGCCUCAGUUUCCUUCAUCAUGCUCAAAUAAGUUUGAUAAGUACUACAACCUUGGUGCUUUUAAGGCUGGUGCUGGUACCAAUGAGAGCUUAUUGUAUGAGAUCAUGAAUGGUCUAAGGGCAGCUGGCACUGAUGCGGGCAGUUCAUCAGCAGCUACAACUAAUUUCACUAAUGCUACAAAAUCAGUAGUUGAAUUGCUGACAGAGAGGGUAAAUCAGCUGUCUGUUAAAAAUGAUAAUGACUUGGAUUUCCUUUUGGAUGAAAAUCAUAACCAAACUGAGAUGGACAGUAACACAACUGAAUGUCAAUUAGAGGAUAAAGCAAACAGACAAAAUGAGGAGUGCUGCUCAUAUACCAGCUCAAACAGAGAGAGCUGGGGAAGAUGUUCAUCCUUGGGCGCAGCUAGUGAUGGAUCAUCAUCAGGCGAGCAGCCAGGGGUAUCUAAUUAUAAACAUAAGAGCAUGACACUACGGGCUCUAGCGACGCCACUGAGACGGAUACGAAGGAAAACUCUCACGAUCCCAAAGGAGAAGAAGAAUCGGUCCCUAUGGAAGAGGCUGAAAAAAGAGAGACAAGAGAUGGGGGAAAACUUAUCCCAGCGUCUCAGGCUGUGUCUCCAAGGCCAGGCUCAACACAAGAGAACCAAGUCGUCUUGACAAAUGUGAAUACGCACUUUAACUUGGACGGAUCUGCUAGGAACACUGAUGAUUCACCAACAGAAAUGCGCGAUGCUUCUGACAUUUGGCGCCAGCCAUGCUGUAUACAUUGGUCGGACAUUACUUAGUCUUCUGUCAGGUCAGGCCAUGGAUGACCCCAACCCCUAUGUUAACUGACAAUCUUCCGUAUUUGGUCCUCAUUUUUUCAUGUAAAUUCAUGGCUGUAGAGUUGUACCGUGUGACUCCUGUUUGGGGAAGGAGUACCGGUGCAUUACUUUCAAGAUUUGUGUAGGCUUUGAAGGUCGAAUUGUAUCGACAGAAUGUCUCAUUUCUUUGCAGUUCGGUUACAUAUCUGAUUCUCUGCAUUGUUCGAAUUUUA